AUGGGUUGCAUCUGGUUGAUAGCGGAGCGCAGCGAGCUCUUGAAGCAGUAUCUCUGCAAGCUUCUGGAAACGGUCAAGGCUUGGACCGUUUUAGAGACGGAGCCGCAAGGGAGAGAGGAGUCGCUCAUGUGCGUCAUCCUCUGCCAUUGCCCCGCCCUCACAGAUGUCACACUCCGCAACAAUCCGCGGUUCACGGGCGAGUCGGCUUGCAAGUGGCUCAAGGACCACAAGACGCCACUCCACGCGCUCGACUUGUCCGGAUGCGACCAACUCAGCGAUGCACUCCUCGAUCUCCUGCCUACGUCUGUCCAUGCGAAAUCGCUUCAAUCCUUGUGCCUCGACGGCGCUGUUUUGCUGUCCAAGGCCGCCCUUGUGGCUUGCUUCACGCCCGCUGAAGAUGAACCCGAUCGCUGGCAGGCCCUCGGCCAGCUGCACCUGGCCGGAAUACCGGCCGUUGACCCCGAGGUUGGUUGCAAGCCGCGGCAGUGUGUCCCCUUUGUCCCGCAGGGCGCCCGGUUGGUGAUCGAAACGGUCUGCCGGUCAUGCGUGGCAUUGAGGGACUUUAGCUUCCUGGAGACGUCAGCCGAUGACUCGGCCCUCGCACACAUUCCCACGGAUAUGCGCAAGGGUUUGGGCGUGCCGUACAAUGAGAUCUUCCAUCUGGCCAACGCGCUGCCCUCGCUCGAGGAAUUCCAGACCACCACUGGUUCGACGUUCCUGUUCACCGGCAACUCGCCGGCGGUUAUACGGUUCUCGCCCCAGGCCAACCUGUUCCAGCGCGAGCACACGGACGGUAAACGCGAAAUCCUGUACCACGUGCACCACGGAGCGGCGGCGUUCCUGCGAGGAGAAACCUCGACAUUCCACCUUCGUAAUGCGAACCUGCACAAAUCCAUCGCUGACACAGUGCAUACACUCACGCAAGCUACGUUCAACCCGCACUCCCAGCCGGGCAACCUCAUCCGUCCCUUGGUUCCCGGCGUCACUCACCUCACUGCGCUCUUCUACAAUUCCUCCAUGCGCAAGGUGGAGUCUCGUCCGCCCCAUAUCAUCAGCAUCAAUGGCGGAUACAUGAAUAUCACAGCCUUCACCGAGCACGUGUUCAACGUAGCUCCGCGCCAGAACUUGACCGUGGUCCUCGCGCUCUACUUCCAGCUCGUCCUCGCCAAGUGA